GUGGCAUAUGUGACUGACUCACUCACACCCCAUUGUAGGUACGCAGUGAGAGGGCAAAUCUUCUUCAAGUUCGCUUCCUCGUGGAAAGACAAACAUAAAAGCAAAAUGCGUGAAUGUAUCUCAGUCCAUGUGGGCCAAGCUGGUGUUCAGAUGGGUAACACGUGCUGGGAGCUGUACUGUCUGGAGCACGGCAUCCAGCCAGACGGGCAGAUGCCCAGCCAGAAGCCUAUUGGUGGCCACGACGACUCGUUCACCACGUUCUUCAGUGAGACAGGUGCGGGCAAAUAUGUCCCGCGUGCGAUCUUCGUAGACCUAGAGCCCACGGUCAUUGAUGAGGUGCGCACUGGUACCUACCGCCAGCUCUUCCACCCAGAACAGCUAAUCUCAGGAAAGGAAGACGCAGCCAAUAACUACGCCCGAGGCCACUACACCAUCGGCAAGGAGAUCAUUGACUCUGUCCUUGACCGCAUCCGCAAACUAGCUGACCAGUGCACAGGGCUACAGGGCUUCCUGGUCUUCCACAGCUUUGGUGGUGGCACAGGCUCAGGUUUCACCUCCCUCCUGAUGGAGCGUCUCUCCGUUGACUUUGGCAAGAAGUCCAAGCUCGAGUUCGCCAUCUACCCAGCGCCACAGGUCUCCACAGCUGUGGUGGAGCCCUACAACUCCAUCCUGACCACACACACCACCCUGGAGCACUCUGACUGUGCCUUCAUGGUAGAUAACGAAGCUAUCUAUGACAUCUGCCGUCGCAACUUGGACAUUGAGCGGCCUUCCUACACUAACCUCAACAGGCUCAUUAGCCAGAUCGUGUCCUCCAUCACGGCCUCACUGCGCUUCGAUGGUGCACUCAACGUUGACCUGACAGAAUUCCAGACCAAUCUGGUGCCGUACCCACGCAUCCACUUCCCUCUCGCCACAUACGCACCCGUCAUCUCUGCCGAGAAGGCCUAUCAUGAGCAGCUGUCCGUGGCUGAGAUCACCAAUUCCUGCUUCGAGCCCAGCAACCAGAUGGUGAAGUGUGACCCACGCCAUGGCAAGUACAUGGCCUGCUGCCUGCUCUAUCGUGGUGACGUCGUGCCGAAGGAUGUCAACGUGGCCAUCGCCGCCAUCAAGACCAAGAGGAGCAUCCAGUUUGUGGACUGGUGCCCUACUGGUUUCAAGGUGGGCAUUAACUACCAGCCCCCAACCGUGGUUCCAGGUGGAGACCUAGCCAAGGUGCAAAGGGCUGUGUGCAUGCUGAGCAACACGACGGCUAUUGCAGAAGCCUGGGCCCGCCUGGAUCACAAGUUUGACCUAAUGUACGCCAAGCGUGCCUUCGUACACUGGUAUGUGGGCGAGGGUAUGGAGGAAGGUGAGUUCUCCGAGGCAAGAGAGGACAUGGCGGCCCUGGAGAAAGACUACGAGGAGGUGGGCAUCGACUCCUUCGAGGAAGAGGAAGAGGGUGAGGAGUACUAAGGAAGAUGAGCAGUGCCUGGACAACGUCUGAGCCUAUUACAAUAUAUAAAUUCUGGAAGACCAGUGCUUACACAUUAAGCUAUGAACCAUCAUCUCUUCCUGUCAUUAUUAUCAAAAGAAGCACAAGGUGCAAGCUUUCAGCAUCAUCAUAAUACCUGAAUGAUGAGGAUAUUUCCUUAUCUAAUUAUUUUAUUUCCUGAAUGUUGGUUGUUUGUCAUUAGGACUGACUGCUUUUAAUUUAAUUUUUUUUUUUUUUCACCAAGUGUGCAAAUAGCUGUCAUAUUGAAAUAAAGCUUUUAAUUCCAUUUAA